GCUCCUGGCUGUCACUCUGAAGGCUGCAGCUGCCGCAACUGGCCAAGCCCGGCUUGGCCCGCCCUCCUGCGCUGCGGAGCGUGAGGGUGCGGUAGGUUGCGCCGGUUGGGUGGUGGUUACCGGGCCACGGCGGCGGCGGCGGCAGGAGCGGUGUCCGGCGUGAGGGCAGCCUCGAGUGUUCGUCCAGGCCCGGCUAGCCCCAGCCCAGCCCAGCGGCGGCCCCGGCCAUGGAGUCCUACGAUAUCAUCGCCAACCAGCCCGUGGUCAUUGACAACGGUUCCGGAAUGGUUAAGGCUGGCUUUGCUGGAGAUCAGAUUCCGAAAUACUGCUUCCCAAACUAUGUGGGUCGUCCAAAGCACAUCCGGGUUAUGGCCGGGGCACUGGAAGGAGAUCUCUUCAUUGGACCGAAAGCAGAGGAGCAUCGAGGGCUGUUGUCCAUCCGAUACCCCAUGGAACACGGCAUUGUCCGGGACUGGAAUGACAUGGAGAGGAUCUGGCAGUACGUUUAUUCCAAAGACCAGUUGCAGACAUUCUCAGAAGAGCAUCCAGUUCUCCUGACAGAAGCCCCUCUAAACCCCAGCAAAAACCGGGAGAAGGCGGCCGAGGUUUUCUUCGAGACCUUCAACGUUCCAGCUCUCUUCAUCUCCAUGCAAGCUGUCCUCAGCCUUUACGCCACAGGUCGCACUACAGGAGUGGUCCUGGAUGCAGGAGACGGCGUGACUCAUGCGGUACCCAUCUACGAGGGCUUCGCCAUGCCUCACUCGAUCAUGCGGGUAGACAUCGCCGGGCGGGAUGUUUCCCGUUACCUCCGCCUGCUGUUACGGAAAGAAGGCUACGACUUCCACACCUCCGCUGAGUUUGAGGUGGUCAAGACAAUAAAGGAGAGAGCUUGCUACUUGUCCAUCAACCCACAGAAGGAUGAAGCCCUGGAGACGGAGAAGGUGCAGUACACGCUGCCCGAUGGAAGCACUUUAGAUGUUGGUCCCUCCCGGUUCCGAGCCCCUGAGCUGCUUUUCCAGCCAGACCUCAUAGGAGAUGAAAGUGAAGGGAUUCACGAAGUCCUCGCCUUUGCCAUCCAGAAAUCUGACAUGGACCUUAGACGGACACUGUUUGGAAACAUUGUCCUCUCUGGGGGAUCCACGCUCUUUAAAGGUUUUGGGGACCGGCUACUCAGUGAGGUGAAGAAACUUGCUCCGAAGGAUGUCAAAAUCAAGAUCUCUGCCCCUCAGGAGAGGUUAUACUCCACGUGGAUUGGUGGCUCCAUCUUGGCCUCGCUGGACACAUUCAAGAAGAUGUGGGUGUCCAAGAAGGAGUACGAAGAGGACGGGUCCCGGGCCAUUCAUCGGAAGAUGUUCUAGGGCAGGGGCUGGUGUGGGGGGGGGGAGGGGGAGUGGGGUGCAGUGGCGAAGCAGCUGGGGGUCCCUGGGCGACUCAUCAUCCAAGCUGUGUCUCUUUCUCUCUUAACCCUUUCCCGUCCAGGGCUGCUCCUCCCUCCUUGCUGGCCGGGGCCCGAUCCCUGCCUUCCUCCUGGGCCUCCUGCUUUCCUGUCUUAGUGCCCUGUCUGAUGCAUGUUGCUAGCACGCACUCCCGGCGGGGGGGGGGGGGAGCAGUAUUUUGAGGCCUUGGCUGUGGUGGAAGAGGGCAGCGGCCCCAGCCGGGAAGGGCACCCAGCGCUCCAUCCCGCCUCCUUGCCUGCCCCCUAGGAAGGGCCGCCAUACCGUUUACAACCCUGCUCCUGUGACCCAGUGCUCCAUGUGCCUACAAGCUGGCCAGGAGGCCGCUUCCCUCGGCGCGGGGCUGCGGUGUGCUUCUGUCCUGCCCUCUUGGGCAAGGGGCCUGUGCGCUUUGCAGGUGGCCGGGGGGAGCUCGAGAGCUGGUGUCCAACCGAGGAAUCGGGGAUCGGUCAGUGUCGCUGCCCAUGGCCACAGCGUUGCCUGUCUCACCUCGAGCGAGGGGCCAGGCCUGGCCAUCUCCCUCUGGGUCAUGGCUUCUGCAGAGAUCCCUGCCGAUCCUUUAUCCUGCCCUGGAGAGAGGUCUCGUCCUUGUACCCUCCCGUGCCAAGGUGUCUCCGUGGGGAAUGUGACCUUGGCACAAGCCUGUCGCUUCCAUUGUGUUUUCUAAGCACCACCCCGCCUCCCUUUUUGGAGUCUCCAGUGGUGGUAAGGAAUGGGAUCAUAGGGAAAGAAGCCAGAUCGACAUCUCUUGGUGGAAGAGCUAUUCUUAAACGGAGCUAGAGGAAAAGAGCAAUAGAGGAAUGCUUGUCCAGUAUCCAGGGAAUACGGUUAGUUUAUAGUCGGAGUUUUGCCUGUAAAGUUCCAAGGUAGAGGGAAGGGACGGCUCUGCUGGAGGUGGGCUUCGGUGGCUGGCAGGCUCCUCCCUGUCCAGCUUCUAGGGCAGUAGCUACUGCUAGCUGGAGAAGCGGCUGCUGGCCAAAGAAAGCUUUGCCAGGCACCCCCUGGUGUGUUGCCAGCCCCAGUGAAUUGCAGGGGACAGGAGUUGCCGCGUGCCUUCCCUCUUGGUACCUCAAGGCAUUCCUGGUUGGGAGUGAUGGUGGGGGGAGAGACACAGAGAACGUGCCGGCCUCUGACGCACAAUCCACUGCUCAGAAUUCCCCCGCUCUGCUUCCCAAUAGGGGCUGGGAUUGCGAAGUGGCAGUUGGCUUGUUGGGGCCAGACUGGAUGUGGAGGUAGCCGUGUUCGAGAAGCAUGCUCAGGAGGGGAGCUGAACCCUUACCAGCCUCGGCACCUUGCCCUUCAGGUUCAUUUCCUCCAGCCCAGUAGCGGGAACAAGGUUGAGGUGGCCAGUUGCAAGGGACAAAGCAGUGUGUGUGGUGGGGGGUGGGGGUGGGAGAGGUUCCGCUCCCUGCAUCUCCGUUAGGGGACCCCCCACGUGCUUAUAUGAGCAACUGUCUAGCUUGACUCUAAGGGGCACGCUUGCCAAGGAAGGGUCUCCUGCAGCUUGCCUGUUUGGAGCAGCCAUAAAUGGCCACAAGAGUUCUGUUAAAACAAGUGCAGAUUCCCAGGUGGCGAGAUUCCGCUGGGGAACUGGGCAGGGUGGGCUUGCAGUACCCCGGGGUUCUCAUGGCAGCGGAGAGGAAGCUAGCCGUCCAAGCCAAGACGGGCAGCCCUGGCUCUCCAGCUGCAGCAGCACUACCCUUCACAUCAUCCCCAGCCGCAAAUCAAAUCUAGCAACAGCUGGAGCAGGAAGGUUGCUCACCCCUGCCUUGGAGGAAGCUGCCCAUUUGCCUUGGGCCUACCUGCAGGUGCAUCACUGGGUGCUCUUUAGCCUUGGUCUGGAAAGGGUUAAAUCUUUUUUUUAAAUGGAAAUUAAUUUAAAAUCCCCUGCUGAGGGGGUGAGGCUGUGUAUCCCUCACGGGGCAGCAACUUCACCCCUUGUGUAUGUAUAUGGGCUUCUUCUUCAUGUAUUCCACCCACACGGAUCUAUACCAAAUGGAAGCAAGUGCAACUCCCCUCCCCUCCCCACCCCACCUCUCUGGGCUGCAAUGUACAAUAAUUUAACACAGUUGCCUGUAUUUUUAUUUUGUAAAUUCAUUAUAGUAAUUAUAAAUUAACAGACAGUGGC